AUGGCUUUGCAUGAGAUCAAAAAUUGUGGAUCUGGGAACUUUGUCGCACCUAAUGUGCCAUUCUGCAACAUGAAGCCGCUUCUGAUUGUGGAGGCUCCGAAGGCGAAUGAUGCUAUUGCGUUCUACAAGGCCGCGUUCGGCGCACAUGAGGUGGGUCGCACGAUGGAAUCUAAGCGCAUGGCAGACCAAGAGAUUCCUCUCAUCCUCGCAGCUGAACUCGAGAUCGGUGGUUUCACUUUUUAUGUCUCAGACUUCAUUCAUGACUCUGAUAACAUCCCGAGGACUGGAGGGAACAACAUUGUUAUGAUCUUAGAGACUGAGGAUGUAAUUGCUGCAAUUGCUAAGGCUGUGAGCGCUGGAGCUGUAGUGGAAAGAGAGAUUGUCAAAGGGGCAAGACGUGGGUGUAUGGGAUGGGUCAAGGACCCAUAUGGCUUUGUUUGGAAUAUAUUGUCCCUUUAGAAAGGAAAAGUGUAGUGAG